UUAACCAUCUGGGAUCAAGACAAACAGAGGUCAGCAGAUUGAAGUAAAGUGUUUAUCUCUGUGGAUGAGAUAUAUUCAAAUAUAUCUUUGGCUUAUUAAAAUUCGUGGUAAAGAUGACGGAUUCUGUAGAUGCAACACCAGAAACAGAAAUUGUACAGGAGAAGCGUAUGGAGGUGGUGACACAGAAAUAUGGGAAGCUCUCUGUCUACAUCCAGGGAGAUUUGGAUAAUUUAGAGAAAAAAGCAGUGUUUUUAACCGUACACGACAUUGGUAGCAAUCACUCUGCUUUUCACGAAUUCGUAAAUCUCCCUUGCAUGACCGAGAUAAAGCAAAGAUCUGUUUUUGUCCAUGUUGACAUCCCUGGUCAAGAGGAUCACGCACCAGAUCUACCCAAUGAUUUUGUGUUUCCAACAAUACAAGUUCUGGGAGAAGAUCUAGUAUGUGUGUUAGAUCAGCUUAAAAUAAAAUUGGUCGUGGGUUUCGGAGAAGGAGCAGGUGCUAACGUGCUAGUUAGGUUUGCUUUGGCUCACCCUUCUAGAGUAUUGGGUCUUGUACUUAUUCAUUGCGUUGCAACUGGAGUUGGCAUGAUGGAAUACGUCAAAGAUAAGAUUAUGAAUUGGAAAUUACAAAAUCAAGGAAUGCAUCCUUCAGCAGAGCAGUAUUUAGUACUACAUAAGUUUGGAGCGCAACUAGAAUUGGUGGAUAAUAAGGAGAAAUUGAUUCAGGAUUAUACAGAAAAAUUAAAAAAACGAAUUAAUCCUAGAAAUUUAAGAAGAUACGUUGAAGCUUACAUGAAUCGUAAAGAUAUUAUGGGUUUAAUCGAAGCUCAUUUAAGAGAGAUGGAUGUGUUGCUGGUAUCGGGAAGUAAAGCAGCACACGCUCAAUCGGUACAGUUUAUGUAUGGCCGAAUGGACAAGAAAAAAACUUCAAUGCUAAAAGUAGAUAGUGUCGGUGACGUGUUAGCCGAAGCUCCCGAUAAACUAGCACAAAGUUUGUUACUCUUCGUCAAAGGUCUUGGUUUCUUAACUUCGGUGACAUUACCGGGGGUCGAAAGGCAGAAAACCCACCCUCCAGUCCAUCCAAAAUCAUUGGGUGCAGUAGGAAGAAGGAGAACCUUAUCCAUGGAAGAUUAUGACAUGCCCAGAUUGAGGAGAACAUCUCUUACAGCAAACCAAAAAUAA